AUGAAGAUUUUAGACUCCCUGCAGGCGACUACACCCAUUAAUAUCAAUGCUUUAAAAUCAGCUUUGGACGGGCAUCCAGAUUUGGAGUUUGUGACUUUUCUUUUAGAAGGUUUGUCCCAAGGUUUUGAUACAGGGUUUCAAUCUUUACCGUGCUAUUCCUAUGAAUGCCAUAACCUGAAAUCAGCCCUAGCCGAUCCGGAAAGUGUUGCAGACCUAGUUACAAAGGAACUAGACAGAGGAUACUUGCUGGGCCCAUUUGAUUUUAUACCAUUUGAUAAGUUUCGAAUCAACCCCAUCGGCCUCGCAGAACAUAAGUACUCUAAAAAGAAACGGCUUAUAGUGGAUAUGUCAGCACCCCAUCAAGACGAGGAAAAUCCCAGUCUCAACAGUCUUAUCGAUAAGAUUACAUGUUCUUUAAAAUACACUACUAUCGAUGAUGCCAUUUCACUCAUAAAGGAGUUAGGUCUCAACGCCUGGCUUAUGAAAACGGACAUCACGGAUGCGUUUAAGUUGUUACCAAUAAAACCAGAGUUGUGGCCUUAUCAUGGUAUUAAGUGGGACAGGAAAUACUAUUUUUUCAAGCGUUUAGUUUUCGGUAGUCGUUCCAGCCCCAAACUGUUUGAUACUCUCUCUCGGGCGGUUUGUUGGAUAGCGCGCAACAAAUAUGGGAUACAACACAUCAUGCAUCUACUAGAUGAUUUCCUUGUCAUUGAACCAGUGCAUGUGGACGCGUCAAGAACUAUGAAAAACUUUCUGGAUGUGUUUAGAGACCUAAAUAUACCUAUUGGAGCACACAAGACUGUCGGACCGGUUAAUGUUUUAGAAUAUUUAGGUGUGUUCUUGGACUCUAAGUGUAUGGAAUCCAGGCUACCAGCUGAUAAGGUUGCCCGUAUUUCUAGUGUUUUAGAGUCGUUUGCUUGCAGGAAGUCUUGCACUAAGCGUGAGCUACUUAGUUUAUUAGGUCACAUGAAUUUUGCCACCAGGUGUGUGAAGCCUGGGAGGUCCUUCGUGUCUCAUCUUAUAUCUCUCUCAACGACUGUGCACGAGCUUCAUUACCAUGUAAAACUCACCGAGGAAUGUCGUUCCGACCUCAGUAUGUGGGCUCAUUUUCUAAGAAAUUGGAAUGGUGUUUCCUUUUUCCUAGACGAUCAUAUAACCUCUUCCGCAGAUCUCCACUUGUUUACUGAUGCUACAAAUCAAGCUUUUGGUGGAAUUUAUAGGAAUCAAUGGUUUAAGGGAGUGUUUCCAGAGGAGCUUAAACGUGAUCAACCUUCCAUGGCUUUGUUUGAACUUUACCCCAUUGUUAUGUCGUGUAUGCUAUGGGGUCAUCAGUGGACCAAGAAGCGGAUUUUGUUUCACUGUGACAAUAUGGCCACUGUUGAUAUUAUUUCCAAAGGGAGGUCCAAAAUUAAGAGUAUCAUGAGACUAGUACGAACUCUUACCUACUAUUCAGCUAUGAACAAUUAUGUAGUACAUGCUAAGCAUAUACCUGGGUCAGAAAAUAACACAGCUGAUGCUAUCUCUCGUUCGCAGAUGGAUCGCUUCCGACGCCUGGCUCCUCACGCAGACAUGCAUCCCAUUCCGUGUCUUCCUCUGGAAUCCCUUUUGAUGAACUAA